AUGGCCUCCUUCCUGAGCCAAAUGGUUGUACGGCACAGGGCGGGUGUGCGGAUCUUGCCAGCCUUUGGGAACACCAGCAGGAGACUGCUUUCCUCGCACUACCAAGAGGCUCGAAACGUGAAGAUGAUGGGAGAGACAAGGAGCAUGAACGGUAUCGACGCAACUGUCCGAAAUGACUGGACGAAGGAAGAGAUCAGGGAGGUGUACGAAAUGCCUAUGCUGGAGCUCCUGUACCGGGCUUCUUCGGUCCACCGCAUGUUCUUUGACCCUACCGAGGUCCAGCAGUGUACGCUCUUGUCCAUCAAGACCGGCGGCUGCACGGAAGACUGCGGGUACUGCUCUCAGUCCGUGCGACAUAAGACAUUUGUCAAGCCUACCCCUCAGAUGAAGAUUGACGAGGUCAUGGCGGCGGCAAAGAGGGCAAAGGAGGCGGGCAGCACUAGGUUCUGCAUGGGGGCGGCAUGGCGCGAGCUUGGCAACAAGAAGAAGGCCUUCAACAACAUCCUCGACAUGGUUCGUGAGGUGAACGGCAUGGGUAUGGAGGUAUGCUGCACGUUGGGAAUGCUCAACGGCGAGCAAGCGAAGCAGCUCAAAGAGGCCGGGCUUACGGCCUACAACCACAACCUGGACACGUCACGGGAGUUCUAUCCCUCGGUCAUCACCACAAGGUCCUACGAGGACCGACUGGAGACCAUCAGCAACGUUCGGGAGGCGGGAAUUUCAGUUUGCUGCGGUGGCAUCCUGGGUCUGGGGGAGGAGGAGAAUGACCGCGUGGGCCUGCUGCACACCCUCGCAACCCUCGAGGAACACCCGGAAUCUGUUCCGAUAAACGCUCUCGUGGCCGUCGAGGGAACUCCCCUCGCCGACGAAGGCAAGGCCGACACACCCGACAUCUGGGACAUGGGACGCAUGAUCGCGACGGCGAGGGUGGUGAUGCCGAGGACGAUGGUGCGUCUGUCGGCGGGGAGGCUGAGCUUUAGCGAGGCGGAGCAGGCGAUGAUGUUCAUGGCCGGAGCGAACUCUAUUUUCACGGGGGACCGACUCCUCACCACCUCCAACCCGGAGUUUGAUGCCGAUAAGGCCCUCUUCGCUAAGCUUGGACUGAACGGGAAGCCGGCUCACUCCGCCCCGCUUCAGCCUCCCAUGGAAAUGUCUGAGCGAGUAGUUGUGACGCACCGUGAGGUGUUGGCAGCCGGAGGUAGCGUAAUCGACACCGAGGAGACACACGCUCUACCGCAGGCGGCAUGAGCACACGUCGGCUUUCUAGUGUUUUGGCGAGAAGGGUAGAUAGAGCUCUCGUAGGUGUGAAGCGCUUGUAUUUGGAGGGGAGAGAGUCUCGUAUAUAGUGUGAAUGGAUGUGUGUUGGGUGGGAUGGGUGGGUGGCUGAGAGUAGGUACACAAGGGGACGAUUUUGCAGAUUUGUCCGCUGCUUUUCCGGAGCAAGUUGGAGGAACCGCACAAGGGUGAAUGUUGUGGGAGGGUUUACAUAUCGACGCAAUAUCCGAUUGAUAUUCGAGUUGCGCACCGUGAG